AUGAGCAGUGGCAUGAAAUUGCGAAGGAUCAUCCGCGCGCCGACGCGAUAUGGCGAAGAAGCCGAGACACCGACCUUGGCACUGCUGCAGGCGAUGCGCAACGCCCGUGAGGAUCCCAUGGAUGGCUCUCAGGAGCCAGUGGAGCUGCUGGGCAAAGGUGUUCGAGUGCGACGGCAGAAACCACGGCCCCCGAUCGUGCCAUUCGACCCUAACCUCCCACCUGCAGCAUUUCCAAGUCUGGACAGACCUCGACUACCGCAAGAUUCCCAUGCGCUGGAACAGAAUGGACAGGACACACAACAAAAGACCCAAGAAGUCAGUCGCGCGCAGCAAAAUAGCCAACUUGUUGACGAUCUGGACCAUGUUCUUCCGGAUGUGGUUGACAAUUACCUUGCCAGUAACACGGCAGCUAACCCGAUCUAUGCGAGGAAUAUGGCGAUCAUGGCUGGCAUGGAUGAAGAUAGCGUCGAUGAGACCCUGGCCCUCGAGGAUAGUGAUAACGACGAAGUGAUCGAUGCGUCCGAGGUGCUCAAAAACAAAAUUUCUAAUCCCAAGUGGAGCGAUUUGAACCCAGCCAUUCAACUAGAAAUCGUCGAGAACCUUCUCCAGACAUUUAACUGGAGAGACGUGUGUCACAGGCUUCAGCUCAAUAUGCACGACCGCAAGAAAUUCUCGGCGUACCUGGAUACUCGCAACCAGCAAAUUGCGCGGGAAAAUAAAGUACUGCAAAAGAUGCGAGACAAGCAGCUCCGGGCCCUCAUGCGUAUCGAUAACAGCGACCUCCGAUCGAAUCACGUACCAUAUAAGUUGGUGCUGCGCAAAAUCACGCGAUCUACUUUGCGAGCCAUGGUGGAGAGCGAGUCCACAGACCUUCUGAUGUGUCAAGCCGCGGAUGUUCUGGCAGCCAGGGAGUUCUUGCGUCAGCGCGGGAUCUCUCGAAGCUAUGCCGGUGACUGGGGACAUAGUCUGGUGGUGCUCCGGAAACGCGAGGACCAGGGACCCGAGCCGGAGAAGUUCGAGUGGAAAGAGAACUUGUGUCUCAGCCCUGAACUCUCCGAAACAGAGAAAAACACGAAAGGUGCAGUGCAGAAUCCGGCCACGGAAGCCAAAACAUACUUCAUCCAGAGCAUUGGUAAGGGGAGCACUGUUAACCCAACGGAUCUAAUCCGAAACAGUGGUGACGAAGAACCCAUUCUCGACUGGAGCAAAUACUUCCCGGGCUGGCAUCCUCUUGAAGUGCCCAAGCCCAAGCGUCAAACUAAUGAAUUUGUCCGCCUGAGCAUUGGCGCCGAGAGAGCAGCGCAGAUCCAUCGACUCGAGCAAAGCCGAACCAAAGCUCAGGACUGGUCGCCACAUCGACCGACGCCGGAUCGAUCGUCGCCGCCCGAAUACCUCGAGGAGACACCAUCGAAGAUAUGGGACGAUUUUCUGACGCAUGGUGAGUUGGAGGUCGCUAUUUCUCAGUCGCUUCCCCAAAGUCCCCCAGAGCCAGUGACUCGCUCUCUUGGGGGAAGAUGGUCUUUGAAUGCGCUGGAUCCCGCCAUAGGUCAGGCCCGAUUCCAAUGGAAGAUGAAGCAGGCGCAACUGGAGUCCCGACAGCAGAAAGCUGAAAAGGCAAGUGCCAGAGUCUUGGGCAAAGAGCAAGUGCGAGACUCGAUCUCUGCGCCGGCUGGCUACCGCCCGGGUGCUGUGCAGCCUCCCUCGACGGAGCACUUUUACGGAGACGUUGACGGGUUGAUUUCAGAGUUUGUGGCCCUCGAAGAAGAAUGUGUUGAUAUGAGCACCACAGACGCCGAUUGCAGCGGAGACGACGAGCUGGUGCUGGUGCCAACCCAGGAGAGUCCGUGA